GCACCCCGCAGCUGCCGCGCGGGCGCGCACGCACUAUCCAGCCCCUCACCCUCUCCUCUACACGCGGCAAACCCUAAUCCAGCCCCGUCGCCCAAAGCCCCAAACCCUAACCCAGCUGCGGCGGGCGACGGUCGAAUCUCCCAGCUUGCCGCGCAUCCGGUCGAUCUCCCACCUCUCGACACCUCGCGUGCGUCCACGGCGGCGCGAACAAGGCGUCGGCAGCGAAGCGAAGGCAAGGGCGCCCAUCGAGCGACGGGCGGCGGAGCUCUCAGCCGUUCCCACAUAUCCGACCUGAACCACCCUUUUGGCUCUCCAGCUUUCCAUCUCAUCCGACUCAGUCCACAGCGUCAGGGAAUGGAUCAAGGCCAAACCUUCGACUUCUUGCAUUGGAUCACCGUCCGCCAGACCCAAUUGACCGAAUAUUGUACUCUUUACUUUGGAGACGCUGCUAUCAUAUGUAGCGACGUUGGUCGCAACUAUCUGAAGAGUGCUUACCGGUUUGUCAUUGAUACUUUCAAAGGAGGACAUUGCUGGCGUGGAAUGUUCUCGGUGAGGAAUUUCAUGGUUGUUAAUGGGUUAUUCAUGAUGGACAUACCUGCACCAUUCACGACUAUUGGUGAUUUUCAAGACCUCAUGACUGAUGUUGGAGCCCUGAGCAAUGCUUUGCUGAAGUACUACCGUCAAGGGAACAUACCUGCACUUUAUACUGACCAUCUUCAUUAUAUUACCACUAUGAUCCCAUCAGGAAUUGGAUCUUCACUUGUCUUCCAAUCUAGAUUCAUUUGUCUGAUUUACUAUCAUUUCUCAUUCUCAUUGACGGAUCCCUGGACUUUGCUGCUUGCAUCACUUGCAACAGCACAGAGCCAUCUUGGGGAUGAUGAUGUACUUCAAUUUAAUAAUCUCCUUAAACAAGCUUGGAAUGAAUUACGUAUGGGUCAAUUUAGACCUGUUGGUAAAAAUUGGACUGUUCAAGCUGAAAAGAAUCCAAUCUUUUAUGAGGUUAUGAUGUGGAACAGCAGGCAGGCAGGGGUACCUCCAAGGAAUGGAUAUAGAGGUAAUCCUCAGUCAUUAUACAAUUUUGGAAGAAACAACAAGGUUCACGCGCCUGAAAAAACAAAGGGGCCUAGGGGAGCUCAGCUAGGGCAGAUGGAACCAGUAGCACCCAAUGGUGCAGGGCAUUGGCGAUGGACGAUCAUUUCUGUUGCAGGGCAAAGGGGAUGGGGCUGGGUGUGGCAGCCUGCUCAGGGUCAGUGGUUUUGGCCGACUGUACCAGGUGAUAUGCAGUGGUGAAUGAGCAAGUGGCCAACUUCCCCGGUGCUGCCUCCACUACCAGCCCAGGCUAUACAAGACCAGAAAAUGGAUAAUCCAGAGAAUCUAGGACAUAUGCUAGGGAAGGAGUGCGGGAUGUUCUUUGCCCAUGCCUUGGCCCUUGUCCUCAUAUUCUUGCAGUGCAGAACACCGGAGUAUAUCGAGCAGCCUUACAAGAGAUACAAAGAGGCAAUGGAUGGUUGACUGCAGAGUCAUGCCUGUUUUCUCCCAUUACCGAGGCACAGCUGAGAUUAGUUUGGAUGUUCCAAUGCUGGCAAGAUUUGAGUUGAAGGCUGCGGCAAUGAACUUGUGGGCUGAUUCGCAAUGCGCUCCAGAUUGAUCAAAUUCUUCAAAAGUUGCACUGAUGAGCCCAUGCAUUGCUGAGUGGAUCUUUUUGUAAUUUUCUAUUGCUUAGAUCUACUUACUGAAUCAGUGAAUCUUAUUGAAUCGUGUUGCUCAUGACUUGUAAAAAAUCAUCUAACUUCCUGUAGCACCUUACCGGAUCUUUUAUCAAUUGUCGUGUACUGUUUUGUA